CGAGGACUAGAGAAUAUAGUUGCAAGAUGGGGAAGAAUAAGAAAACAUCAUAUUUGAAAGGCAAAUUAUGCCAGCAGUACCAGAGCCCCUGUCUCUGGUGACGUGCCAGCCUGUUGGUGAGACCCUCUGCUCCUGCGCCCACCCCUGUGCCCUCUCCCCUGGCAGGCUCAUGCUGGUGGACACCCCACGCAGGCCCACGCCCACACCAUGAGUGCCAACGGCCCUGCUCCGCCUGCCGUGCCUCCUGCAGCUUUGGUGGCAGUACCGGUGCCUGUACCCUCGGUGAUACCCGUGGGCUCUCUGGCACAGAAGAAACAGCAGCAGUAUGCCAAGAGCAAAAAGCAGGGUGGUUCGGCCAACACACGGCCGCAGAGAGCUCUCUUUUGCCUCAACCUCAACAACCCCAUUCGCCGGGCCUGUAUCAGCCUUGUGGAAUGGAAACCAUUUGAUAUCUUUAUAUUGAUAGCGAUUUUUGCCAACUGCAUGGCCUUAGCUGUAUACAUCCCCUUUCCUGAGGAUGACUCCAACUCAACCAACCACGAUCUGGAAACAGUUGAAUAUGCCUUCCUUAUCAUUUUCACAAUCGAAACCUUCCUGAAGAUUAUAGCGUAUGGCUUGGUGAUGCACCAGAAUGCAUAUGUCCGAAAUGGAUGGAACAUGCUGGAUUUCGUCAUUGUCGUCAUUGGGUUGUUUAGUGUUGUCUUGGAAGUUUUGACCAAAGAUGGAGAGAAGGAUGCUGUUAAAGCCCAUCCGCCCGUGCAUGGUCAUGGAGGAAAACCUGGAGGUUUUGAUGUCAAAGCCCUCAGAGCCUUUCGAGUGCUGCGACCACUUCGUCUGGUCUCAGGAGUGCCCAGUUUACAAGUGGUGUUGAACUCCAUCAUUAAAGCCAUGGUUCCUCUCCUUCACAUCGCUCUACUGGUUCUGUUUGUCAUUAUCAUCUAUGCCAUCAUCGGACUUGAGCUUUUCAUCGGAAAAAUGCAUGCUUCAUGUUACUUUAAAGGGACAGAAUUAAUAGCAGAGGACGAACCAGCUCCAUGCGCUGUUAACGGUCAUGGCCGCACAUGCCCCAUUAACGGUACAGUAUGCAAGGAGGGCUGGCAUGGACCCAAUGAAGGCAUCACAAACUUCGACAACUUCAUGUUUGCCAUGCUAACUGUGUUUCAGUGCAUUACGAUGGAGGGCUGGACAGAUGUACUUUACUGGAUGAAUGAUGCUAUGGGUUUGGAGCUGCCGUGGGUGUACUUUGUCAGUUUGGUCAUCUUCGGCUCUUUCUUCGUCCUGAACCUGGUUCUGGGUGUGUUGAGCGGAGAGUUCUCUAAAGAACGAGAGAAGGCGAAGGCUCGUGGAGACUUCCAAAAGCUGCGUGAGAAACAACAGCUGGAGGAAGAUCUGAAAGGUUAUUUGGAUUGGAUCACACAGGCAGAAGACAUCGACCCGGAGAAUGAGGAGGAUGAUGAGGAAACUAAACGCAAUCCGAGUAUGCCUGUAAGUGAGACGGAGUCGAUGAAUACAGAAAACGAAAAAGUAGAGGACGAGAAGGCAAUGUGUUGCGGCCCAACAUGUCAAAAAAUUUCCAAAUCAAAGUUCAGUCGCCGCUGGCGUCGCUGGAACCGGCUCUGUCGGAGGAAUUGUCGUUUAGCAGUCAAAUCAGUGCCGUUUUAUUGGCUGGUAAUUAUUCUAGUGUUCCUCAACACUUUGACCAUCUCUUCAGAACAUUACAACCAGCCUGAUUGGCUUACACAAGUACAGGAUGUGGCCAAUAAAGUUCUGCUGGCCCUGUUCACUUGUGAGAUGUUGGUGAAGAUGUACAGUCUGGGCCUGCAGGCUUAUUUCGUUUCCCUCUUUAAUCGUUUUGACUGCUUUGUGGUGUGUGGAGGCAUCACAGAGACGAUCCUAGUGGAGCUUGAGAUAAUGUCACCUCUCGGCAUCUCAGUGUUUCGAUGUGUACGACUGCUCAGGAUCUUUAAAGUCACACGUCAUUGGGCAUCUCUCAGUAACCUGGUGGCAUCUCUGCUGAACUCCAUGAAGUCCAUCGCAUCUCUCCUGCUCCUGCUCUUCCUCUUCAUCAUCAUCUUCAGCCUCCUUGGAAUGCAGGUUUUCGGUGGGAAAUUCAACUUUGAUGAGACACAAACGAAGAGGAGCACCUUUGAUAACUUCCCUCAGGCCUUGCUCACUGUGUUUCAGAUCUUGACUGGUGAAGACUGGAAUGCCGUCAUGUAUGACGGCAUAAUGGCAUACGGUGGCCCAUCAUCAUCCGGAAUGAUGGUGUGCAUCUACUUCAUCAUCCUCUUCAUUUGUGGAAAUUAUAUUCUUCUGAAUGUAUUCUUGGCUAUCGCUGUGGACAACCUGGCAGACGCAGAGUCCCUGAACACAGACAACGACGAUAAGAAGAAAGGCGAUGAAAAUGAGGAAAAUGAAGAUGUCAAGGCUGGAGAGGAGGUUGAGAAGGACAAUGCAGAGGAGGAUGAAGAUGAGCCGGACGUUCCAGCAGGGCCUCGCCCACAGAUCUCCGAACUUGUAAAGAAGGAGAAAAUCACUCCGAUUCCAGAGGGCAGUGCUUUCUUCAUCUUUAGCAAAACAAACCCAAUUCGAGUCGCAUGCCACAAGCUGAUAAACCAUCACAUCUUCACUAACCUCAUACUCGUGUUCAUCAUGCUAAGCUCCGCCUCCUUGGCUGCUGAGGAUCCAAUAAGAAACUUCUCGGCCCGCAACAUUAUACUUGGUUACUUUGACUAUGCUUUCACGGCUAUCUUUACUGUAGAGAUCGUAUUGAAGAUGACAACGUACGGUGCAUUUCUCCACAAGGGGGCUUUCUGCAGGAACUACUUCAAUCUUCUUGAUCUGCUGGUGGUCGGUGUGUCUCUGGUCUCUUUUGGAAUACAAUCAUCGGCCAUCUCUGUGGUGAAGAUCCUGAGAGUUCUAAGGGUGCUACGUCCGCUCAGGGCCAUAAACAGAGCUAAAGGACUCAAGCAUGUGGUCCAAUGUGUGUUUGUGGCCAUCAGGACUAUUGGAAACAUCAUGAUUGUCACUACACUGCUACAGUUCAUGUUCGCCUGCAUUGGCGUACAGCUCUUCAAGGGGAAGUUUUAUCGUUGUAACGAUGAAGCCAAGUCCAGCCCAGAGGAGUGCAAGGGAACGUAUAUAAUGUAUAAGGAAGGAGACGUGAAUCAGCCAAUCAUUCAGAAGCGCCAGUGGCACAACAGCGAUUAUAACUUUGAUAAUGUUCUUAUGGCCAUGAUGGCUUUAUUCACAGUGUCCACAUUUGAAGGCUGGCCAUCGUUGUUGUACAAGGCCAUUGACUCCAACCGUGAGAACAUGGGUCCCAUAUACAACUACCGUGUGGAGAUUUCCAUCUUCUUCAUCAUCUACAUCAUCAUAAUCGCAUUCUUCAUGAUGAACAUUUUUGUCGGUUUUGUGAUCGUGACCUUUCAGGAACAGGGAGAGAAAGAGUACAAAAACUGCGAGCUGGACAAGAACCAGCGUCAGUGUGUGGAAUAUGCAUUAAAAGCACGUCCUCUGAGAAGAUAUAUCCCAAAGAACCCGUAUCAGUAUAAAUUCUGGUAUGUAGUGAACUCCACCGGCUUUGAGUACAUCAUGUUCGUGCUGAUCUUACUCAACACCAUCUGUCUCGCCGUGCAGCAUUACGGCCAGUCUGAGCUGUUUAACUAUGUCAUGGACAUUCUAAACAUGGUCUUCACUGCUGUCUUCACUGUUGAGAUGUUACUCAAACUGAUCGCCUUCAAACCCCGGCAUUAUUUCACUGACGCAUGGAACACGUUUGAUGCCUUAAUUGUUGUCGGUAGCGUCGUAGAUAUUGCUAUCACUGAAGUCAACAACACAGAGGACAGUGCUCGCAUCUCCAUCACCUUCUUUCGGCUUUUUCGAGUAAUGCGAUUGGUCAAGUUGCUGAGCAGAGGGGAAGGCAUUAGAACCCUUCUUUGGACUUUCAUUAAGUCUUUCCAGGCUCUGCCGUAUGUCGCUUUAUUGAUAGCUAUGCUGUUCUUCAUCUAUGCAGUGAUCGGCAUGCAGGUAUUUGGGAAGAUUGCUAUGGUGGACCACACGCAGAUCAACAGAAACAACAACUUUCAGACGUUCCCUCAAGCUGUGCUGCUGCUCUUCAGAUGUGCAACAGGUGAGGCCUGGCAGGAGAUCAUGUUGGCAUGUAUGCCUGGGAAGCUCUGUGACCCAGAAUCAGACUAUAAUCCUGGUGAAGAGAUGACCUGUGGAAGCAGCUUUGCCAUACUCUACUUCAUCUCCUUCUACAUGCUCUGCGCCUUCCUGAUCAUUAACUUGUUUGUGGCAGUCAUCAUGGAUAACUUUGACUAUCUGACCCGUGAUUGGUCGAUUCUGGGGCCACAUCACCUUGACGAAUUUAAGAGGAUUUGGUCAGAGUACGAUCCAGAGGCCAAAGGCCGAAUAAAACAUCUUGAUGUAGUGACGUUGUUACGGCGCAUUCAGCCGCCUCUUGGCUUUGGCAAACUUUGUCCUCAUAGAGUUGCUUGCAAAAGACUGGUGGCCAUGAACAUGCCUCUGAACAGUGACGGUACUGUCAUGUUCAACGCUACACUUUUCGCUCUCGUGAGAACUGCAUUGAAGAUCAAAACGGAAGGUAACCUAGAACAGGCAAAUGAAGAGCUCCGAGCUGUUAUUAAGAAGAUCUGGAAAAGGACGAGCAUGAAACUUCUGGAUCAAGUAGUGCCCCCUGCUGGUGAUGAUGAGGUAACGGUGGGGAAGUUCUAUGCCACUUUCCUGAUACAGGACUACUUUAGGAAAUUCAAGAAACGCAAAGAGGAAGGCCUUGUGGGCGUGCAUCCAGCACAGAACAACACAGCCAUUGCACUGCAGGCUGGCCUCCGUACACUGCAUGACAUUGGGCCAGAAAUUCGCCGUGCAAUAUCAUGUGAUCUGCAGGAUGACGAGCUAGUAGACUUUUUACCAGAAGAGGAUGAAGAAAUUUAUAGGCGAAAUGGUGGACUCUUUGGCAACCACACCAACCACAUAAAUGGAGACCCGAGAAGAAGCUCUGGCCACCAGACAAAUGCGACACAGCGCCCCCUACAAGUGCAGCCUCCUCCACAUUACGCCCACAUGGAACAACCCAUGGGGCGUCUGGGCCGUGCCAAAGCCAUGGCGCAGCAAAACCACCAUCGCCACCACCACCAUCAUCACCACCAUCAUCACAAUUCCUACAAGUCGCCAAAGUCUACCAACAUCAACCUCAACAAUGCCAACAUGUCCAGUUUACCCAACGGAGGACACAAUCGAUACUACAAGCAUAUGCCUCCUAAUGGCUACCCAGGAUCAUACUACGGAGAAUACGACAAGUCCAGGACCCCACACGGGCAAAGAAGGCGCUACUAUGAGACAUAUAUUAGAUCACAUGGCCGUGAGAGAAGAAGACCAACAAUAUGUCGUGAAGAGGAGUACGAUGAAGAUCGCUACUCUGGCGAGUACUACAGUGGAGAGGAGUUUUACGAAGAUGACCACAUGCUGUCAGUUGAUAGGUACCCCAAUAGUGACCAAGAGUACGAGACGCCACAGGGUUACCAUCAUCCUGACAGUUACCGUGAUGAUGACGAGCAGCCCCUUUAUCAUGAUUCACAUAGGUCACCAAAGAGAAGACUGCUUCCUCCAACACCACAAGGUAAUCGGAGACCGUCAUUUAAUUUUGAGUGUCUGCGCAGACAGAGCAGUCAAGAUGAUCUUCCUCACCAGCGUACUGCUCUUCCGUUACAUCUCAUGCAACAUCAGGUGAUGGCAGUAGCAGGUCUAGACUCCAGCAGGGCUCACAGGCUUUCACCUACACAAUCUAACAGAUCAUGGGCGUCACCUCCACCCACUCCUGCAAGUAAAGACCAAACGCCCUACUACACACCACUCAUCCGCGUGGACCGCCCUCUAAGGGACAGCGUCAGCAUCAGUCACUCGUCCAUACGGAAGAGCUCGUGGUAUACAGACGACCCUGAAUACCAACAAAGGAAAUACUCGCCUGUUCAUCUGCAGGUCCCACCUGAGUACAGAAACCAAUACUACCAAAAGAGAGGCAGUGCAACCAGCCUGGUGGAGGCGGUCUUAAUAUGCGAAGGCUUGGGUCGAUACGCCAAGGAUCCGAAGUUCGUGGCUGCCACAAAGCAUGAGAUUGCGGACGCAUGUGAGAUGACCAUCGAUGAGAUGGAGAGUGCCGCCAGCCACCUCCUAAAUGGCAGCAUUACGCCAGGAGUCAACGGUGUUACGGUGUUCCCUAUACUAGGUCACAAAGAUUAUGAGCCACAAGAUACCUCGGCUAGCUACAGUGAUGAAGAACCAGAGCCAGAACCUAGACUGCAGUACGAGGAGGACCUGGCAGACGAAAUGAUAUGCAUUACCACUUUAUAGUAUCUGGUUAGCGGCUAAUGCUAACAUGACCACUUUAUAGCAUCUAGUUAGCAGCCUAUGCUAAUGUGACCACUUUAUAGCAUCUGGUUAGCGGCUAAUGCCAACAGAUUAGCAUGUUCCUCAAAAACUGAUAAACGAAACAAAUAUAAAGAAUAUUUAUUGGCUUACUACCUAAAGAAGUGCCUUUACAGCGGAACAGAAAGGCACCAAAAGAAUGGAUGCGUUGGGCCCACCCACUCAUUUCCUGUUCAGCCAGGAUCUAAUUUGCCGGUAUUUCGACACUUUUUUUAAUAGAAUGAAUAUGGAGACUGCCCCUAACUUAAUGUCGAGCUCUGGAAGUUAACUUUUAUUGGUUGUCUGUGCAUUCACUGCUGGAAAUGGACCAAUGAGCAGCAAGGGAGGUAACCGGAGGCAGUCUGUUUCCAAGGUGAUGACAAUCUAAGCAAAUAUGUCAUUACCUCAUUUUAUUAAGGGUUUUUCAUAUCAAGCACGUUGCAAGCUCAACGCAAGCUAAGUAUGGCAUAUCCCUCGACAAAGGCUUUAGUUUCAGCUUGCAACCCACACUUUAUUUUAGUAACGUAAAGGUACAACUGCAUAUUUUAGAGAACAAAUGCUAAUUAUACAACGCUGGUUUACAAAGGAUAUCAUGCAGAGUUGUGGUAAACUGGACACACUUUACAAGAGAAUUUCAGCAUUUUUGUUGAAUGCACUAGCAGACAGGUUAUUUUUUACAUUUAGGAUAGCCUGUUUUAUAUUUCAUAAUAUGCUGUAAAUGACUUGUAACAUAUAAUGCAAAAGAAAAACUUUGUAAAGAGACAUUAUAUAUUUUGUAAUUAUGUACUGUACAAAAAAGUCAGCAAUAUUAAUCCUAAUUGAUGUUAUUGCAUUACAAAAAAUAAGAAAUUUGUUGUUAUUUUAAUAGGAACUGGACUUUAUUAAAUUAUUUGCCUUUAUUCUUUGCUCAUAUGCAUUCUUGUUUGUGAAAAAUAUAAAAAAGCCAAUUUUAUAUGAGGUUAUGUCUGUGACACACCCGCACAAGAUAUGCAAGUUGUUUCUUCAGUGUCUGUUUUCAUAAGCGUAACCAAUGUAGUGUUCCUAUAAAAUAUACGGCAUGCAGUAUGGGUCACAAAACGUUGACCUCCUUUAAGGAGAUUUCAGUAGGGCUUACAGAAUUGUCUUAAUUGUUCAUGUGUGUAUAUUGAAAGAGUCUUUUGAAAAUGACUUCCCACUUUAAGGGUUUUUGUUGCAUAUUUUGUGCAGGGGAGGUGCACAGUAGGGUGCAAUGGUAAAUGUUUUAUGCAUUUACAAUGCUGCUUAAUUAGUCUGCAGUUAAACUGUAUGACCCUCACCAGGAACAUGCUGCCAUUUGGAAAAGUCUGCUGCCAUUGGCUGAUCUAUAAACAGCUGAUCUUGGAAUUGCAUACCUGCUCCCUAACUACUGCAAUUGGAAACCCAAAGCUAGUUCCAGAUCAGCGAUUCAUUUUCAACAAAUGAUUGGGUGUUUUGUGCACUAACAAAUUGAAAUAUUCCUUUAGGUUUUAUAAGAACAGUGAUGAUAAAGAAAAAGAUUAUGACAAAAAAAAAUAUUAUGUGUUAGUUAUGAGUUGCUUGAAGUGUUUGUUCACACCAUGCUUCCUUAAAGGGAUAGUUCACCCAAAAAUUUAAAUUCUGUCAUUAUUUACUCAUUUUGCUCCAUCAUUUCAUGUUGCCAAAAUUUUUCAAGAAUCUUUAAAAGUUCAUAGUGGCCACAUCUGUCAAGCCCUAAAAAGGACAACAAAACAUAGAAUUACCAUAAAAGUAGUCCAUAUGACUCCUGCACUACAUUCCAUGUCUGAAACUGUAUGAGAAUAUUUGUGCGAGAACAGGUAAAAUUUAAGUACAGUUCACUGAAGAUCUUUCUUUUCGCCGGAGUUCUCAAAUCUAAUACUCUAUUCUGCAUAUUCAAAUUGGCACCGUGCUCGGUUAUGACACACAUAUACAUUAUAUAUAUAUAUAUAUACCAGUGCAUCCGGAAAGUAUUCACAGCUCUUCCACAUUUUGUUAUGUUACAGCCUUAUUCCAAAAUGGAAUUCAUUAAAUUCAUUAUU